AUGCAUGACGGAAGGCGCUUCGCCACCACGACGUCGUCCUCAGCUGCCGCUGAGAGUGUGCAAACACUCGUCGAGGCCAUCGUGGAGCUGCGCCCUUCCUCUUCCUUCCAGCCUUUUCACAAUAGCCACAGCGCCUGUGGCGGUGGAGUGAGCGGCAGCCACAAUUUCGCACUCCAGACCCCUGGCAGCCCGCCCACAAGCAACGUCGGUGAUGGAACGACCAGCUUCCUCGGCCUACCCGCACGGACGCAGAGCACCUCUUCGGUAGGCGCUAGCUCCUACGUCGACCUGAUGACAGCGUCGUCCUUAAUUUCCCCCUCCCCUGGCAGCAGUUUUGCCGGUGCUGGCAGUGGCGAAGGCGGCAACAUGACGUCCGCGCCGUCUGUAUCAACGAAUCGGGGCGGCGAGUCACCGCACUCCUCCGCUGCGUUGACUCGUGGAAGCCCUUCAAUUUCCGCCACCACCGUCGGUGUCGCACACAGCGGCGCCUUCUCAGCGGCGUUGCGGCAGAGCGGUACUGUCAGCAUGAACGCAGGCGCGAUUAGCAGCUCCAGCUUUACAAGCACCCCACCGAUGAACAGCGCCACGAGCGCGGCUGCUGGCGCUGGUUCUGGCUGCGGAGCAGCAGGCGGCGGCGCCGCCGCCGCCGGGGCUGGCGGGCCGUGCCCCCUUAUGCACCCGUCCGGUGGAUGGAUCUGCCGCGCCAUGGCGUUUAAUGAAAAGGAGGUGAGCCACGCAAAUGGCGCCAUCAGCGUCAACCAGUCCCUCACCUCGAAGUGUCCCCUUAUUAACGAGGUUGCCAAGGGCAAAAUUAUGGCGCGCAUCCUGAGCUCGUACCAGGAGGUGCAGGAGCGCUACGGGCUGUCACACGUUGAGUUGACUGUGGAUAACCAGUACCUCAGCCGUUCCGACAUGUUUCUCAUAUCGGAGGUGCUUCGGGAGCGCAUCCUGUACGAGGGCGAGGAGAUGCACGUCUGCAGCUUCCGCAUUCGCGUGCGAGAGAUGCUGCAGGCGGUAGUGACUUCGCCCAGCAGGGCAGCAAGCAGCACCGGCCUACCCACUGGAGUAGCUUCUUCCGGCGGCACUACGAGCACUGCAGUUCCUGGUGUUGGGGCUCCAGAGAAUGGCAUCAACAUCGGUGCCGGUGCCGUGGGGGCUGGUGGGCUCGCUGGGACCGCUGUAGCAUCCGCGGCGGGCGCCGUCGCGUACAUCCGCGUCGGGAGUGGGAUUGUGCUGCCCACUACCCGCAUCAACUUCCAGUCCCUGUCGCCGAUUCACUACAUCCUCCUCGAGCUAUCGCACGAGAUGUGGGAGACAACUAUGGAUGGCCGCAUAGCGCUCACCUUGGCCAUCCGAAAAUUCCUCAGCGAGCUGCUGCUGAAGCAGUUGCCGAAGCGCAAAGCUUCCCCGCAUAUCUGCGUCGUCUUCACAGGACGACUGAAGAGGGAAUUUCAGUACGGCCGACUCAGGGACGUCUUUCAUCUGCUGGAUUUGCCACGAGAUCUGCGCAGCAACGUUGACAUUGUGGAGGAGAUCCGCAUGCACUGCGAGGCGCUUGUCGAUCGCGUACUGCGGGAGGUGCAGGGCUCCGCUUACCGGCAGCUGGAGACCGAGGUGCGGGCGUACCGCGAGGCCGCUACGGCAUCCCACUCGCGCGCCAGUGGGUCCAAGAGUCCGCGAUGCUGGCCAGCGAACGACGGCGACGACUUGAACGUCGUGACGCAUUCACUUCAGGAGAAGGAGAUGAGCGGCAUCACCUCCACGACCAGCACCACGAACCUGUUCCCUGCAACUGGCGAGACUCUGAAGCGGGCCCGCACCAGCGCAGCUUUUUCUGCCGCCGCGGCUGCCACGGAAGCCACUUUUGACUCCUACGUGCGAGCUCGCCAGCAGUGCAUCGAUGACAUCACGGCGAAGCGGUUGUUCGUGCAUGCGAAGCAGUCGAACACGCUCGAGGCACUCAGCAUUUUGCUGGAGCGGUGCACUCACAACUACAUUGAUCGUAAUCUCACGCUCUGCGGACAUGCUGUGACGGUGGUGUCGGCCGGCAAGGGCUUCUAUCAAGUCACGAAUAAUCUUGUGCAGGUUGUCUGUGCUCGGUUGCACGACAUAGGCCUAGAGAAGGUGCAUGUCGUCUGCGUCGGCCGCCCUCCGCUGCACGUGACACCACUGCUGGAGUACACCUCCAACGACGAAACACUGCGGUCGCAGUACCACCUGCACAGUUGCGCGCUGUCGGGUGCCGGCGCGGGCGCUGGCGUGCGCGGGAUGGCGGGUAGAGUGCCUACCCCAUUACACUCAGGGGAGGCGGAGCGCUACUACGAGACUCCGGAGUGGAUGUCUGUCUUCUUCUUCCACGCCUCUCUUCACUACAAAAGCGGCGGCGAGACGGUCUUUGAGCUCCUGCCCGAGGAGUGCUGGCAGCGGGAGUACUCGGUGAUGGCGGCCCUCAAGGCACUACGGCCGGCGCAGCCACAACCACAGCAGCAAGCGCGUCAGCAGCAGUCCCAGUCGUACGCGGCGUCAGCGAUGCUUCCUGGUGGUGUGACUGGUGACGGUGGUGUGGAGGAUGGCAACGCCUCCGUCGGUGCGGGCGCGACGAGCGGCGUGCAGGGGAGGGACAGAGUCGCUGCGGCUGCGGCGAUGAUGAGCUCCUGUGGAAGCCACGGCACCACCACUGGAGAGGCGUCCCUCCCGGGCGUCCAUCUACCUCUGCUCAUUCCUGGGUUGGGGCUGCGCACCUACCCAGUGCCUGAGGUGACCCUUCCAGUGCACCCUUCCUCUGCCAGCUCACUUCUGUGCGCUGAUCGCUGGGGCGUUGCUGCAUCGGGGUCACCGUAUACCGCAGCGCCUUCUAGGGCGGCCGCGGGCGUUGCUGUCGCUGCAGGUGGCCUAAGAAGUGCUUUUUCUCAGCCUCUUGCCCCUUUGCACCUGCAGUCGUGCGCCGCCGAUCCCUUGAGCGUCUCGUGGACCGGCAGCAUUGGCGCCGAGCACGCCCCGUCACCGAUGUCGCCACUGGGCACCUCUAGCGGCAAAGCAGCAGCAGCAGCAGCAGCAGGCAGCUGGCUGGGCGCGGCGGCUCCGGUGUCGGCAUCGUCCAAGUGCAGUAGCCCUCUGUUGGUGCGCGCCACGACCACCAACAGCAGCCUUUUUGCCUCGCUGACGGCCCCAUCGCAGGGGCUCAUGCCACGCGGGGUGACUGGCACGGUCACAUUGGCGGCGCACGCCACGGCUAGGCAACCGACGCAGCUGCAACAAGGAGCACUACCGAUGCUUACCUCCAACGCACUACCGCACACAGCCGCUUGCGGUCCGCUCCUGCAGCAGGCGCGAUAUGUCCCACCCCGCCACACAUUCAGCAGCAUGCCGUUCACCGCAGCGGGAGCGCAUAGUGGCGGCAUCUUGGGUAGUGAAGCCGCCCUUGCAGCGACGACGGGAGCUUGGUCCUCCGCUCAGCAGCGGCGCUCCCGCACAGGGGUUACUACGGCGUUGGGUGCAGACCCUCACACGAUGGCGGUGGCGCCAUCUGCGUUCGGUGGUGGCCGACUCAGCUACCCUGGCAACCUACCGUCCUCUUACGCUACCGGCUGUAAACCAACGCUGCACAUAAGCCGUUCCUUCGAUCACAAGACGACUGCGAACCCCGAAUACCACUCCCUCGGCGCCUUCGAGGACUCUGUGCGCAGCGUCAGCUCGUCUGCGCUGGUCCCGUACAACAGUGCACCACGCCUGCAAACUCGCUCGCUGCUGUGGCGCGAGGGCAGCACCUCCAAGUCAAGCGUGAAUUCUAUUGGCACCUCCGUGGCAGCCGUGGCCACCUCCGUGGGCACAGACCUCGGUGUCAGUGGCAAUAGCACCGGCGGUGGGCUGCGGUCUGUGCAACUGCGGCUCGAGGAUGGUCACAUGUACCGAGAUGUCAUGGGCAUGGUAGUCUCGUUCGCCUCCUGCGCGUGGUACUGCCUCCAUGCCUCAAAGCCGCAUCAGGACAGCGGGGGUGGCUCGACGACCGUGGUAGUGGCAGCGGGCACUGUUGCAGCGAACGUGCCGGUAGGACACACCAUGGUUGCGCGCCAGGGAGACAGUGGUGGCGCCGCCGCUGCGAUAGUUGUUGCCGGCGGCUCGUCACCGUCUACGUCGGCAGCCAUAGGUCGCGGGCUUCUUCAGCAGCGCGAUGGACAGCCGAGCACUCGAGUGGAAAGCGCUACCAGCACAGCUGCUGAGUCUUGCUACAGCGAUGCCUCUAUGCGACCCCUGGUGAAGAGGUGGCACAAGGCGUCGAGCAGUACGCGCAGCGACGCCGUCUUCUGCGGCUGCAACGUGGUAGACAGUGACUUGCGGAACGGGUAUCUGAUCCUGGAGAUUACCAUCAAUGCGGCUGUGUUGCCGCAGUCGUUCUGGUCUCCUCGGCUGCUGCUAGACGACAACUACUGGGCCCACCUCAUGAGCUGCUUCACUGGCCGCGACGACCGACUCACGUUGGACGAGGAGCUCGAGUUCGCCUCCGAGGACGACGCAGACGACGACACCUUCACAGCCAGUGGCAGCAGCACUGACAAACAGGUGUUGUUACUGAACACCAGCGAGGGUCGGAGAUGGAAGGAGGGGGGUGAUACAGCGAACGUGAGAUCAUCGGCAGCCGCGGUGAUGGCCAUGUCAGCGGGCAGGGAGACGGGUGGCAGUACCCGCGGUGGCCCUGAGAGCGGUCGCGCUAUUGAUGACUACCACUUCCAGUCCGACUUCCGCCCUGCAGAGGUGUUCUGCCACUCCCACAGUGGCAUUACCCCUGAUGGGCGGACGCUCAUCAUCCCCACGCACAGUAACAACGUCUACUUCAAGUCCCCCGAGGUGAUCUUUCUGCGCUUCACACCGCAGCUGUUUGUGUCGACUGUGGACGAGGUCGGUGGGGUGGCGCUGGAGCCGGUUGGUCCCAAGACGUUGACGUCGCCGCAUCCUAACCACACAGCUGCCGCAGACGAUGAGGUGGCAGAGAGGCGGCCCACAGAGGUCUGCGCCUCGUAUGGGGUGUUGCACUACGAAGGAAGGGAGGCGCGCUCGAGCGUUGCUGCUGCGGUUUCACCGACUGGACGGCCGGGUGCCUUUGAGCGCUUGGAGGAGGAGGAGGAGGGCAGCAGCGCUCCGUACAUGAUUCGCAGCGGUGCUGCCGCAAGGGCCACCGCGACCACGGGCCCUGUAGAUGGUGAAGGUCAAGCGUGGGCACCUCCGCAUCCACCCGAGGCAGGCGCGAUGCGGGUCACCAGCAAGAGCGGCAGAAGCAGCAGUACUGACAGCGGGGCAGGAUCGCGUGCUAAGGUAGCAGGGGACACAACCAUGGCUGCCUCGCCGCAGCUGCCUAAAUCUGCUUGUGCGUUGAGCAGCUUGAGCGCCAGCGCCGAAGCGAUGGGGUCGACGACGGAUGGGCCGUCGCAGCGGACCGCAGUGCAGCCGGGACCGGCGACUGUAGACACGGCGUUGCCAACGGAGUCGCUUCCACCACCCCAAGACGGAACUGUUUGUGCCGCGAAGCCCGAGAGUCCAACAUCCCGACCUCGGCCACUGCGCCUGCGACCGACAGGGACAACCACGAGUUCUCCAGUGUUGGCCACAGGGACCCCGCCGCCGCCCUCUCUCCGUGUGCACACGCUACCCUUGGCAGCGGUCAGCCGACAGGAAAGCAGUAGCCUCGCCGGACUGCCGUCUCCGUCACUGACCCCGACAACCGCCACGCACUCGGGUGGACGGCACCCCGCGCACGGCCCGUUUCACCAGGACGAGGUGCCGCUGAUGCCCGGCACUACAGUGACCGUGGGGUUUGUGCAGCUGCGCAACAGUUUGCUCUUCGCGAUCAAACCAAUCAAUCCCCUCCGAUACGGUUCUGAGGAGGAGCACCGCGAGGACGCGACGGCGCUGUCGCAGUCGGCCGAGAGCGUGAGCACCGCAACAGUGCUGCGCCGCCGCUGGCAGUGGAAGCACCCCGAUAUUGCCUCCGAGCCGCAGCACCUGGCGAGCUGGACGCACUUGUGCACGUGUCGGUUGCUGCCCUUGUACGGUAGUAAGCCGGCCUACCCACGUGAGAGCUUCUACACGGUGUCACCGCACCAGUACACGGUGACGAGCCCCAGCAGCAACCACGCUGAUCCAGCUGAGGAAAACAGGCGUCUGCUAGAGUUUGUGCUGCAACGCCUCCAGCAGCAGUACCAGAUCGUUGCUGACAGCCCCGGCCUUGUCUCCGGCUCGCAGUGGCCGCGCGCUGAGCCGUCGCCAAACGCGCGGCUGGAGAUGUCACUCGGGCACCAGACGCACACGCUUAAGCUGGGCGAGACGGCCAAGACGAUUUCGGUAACGCGCAUGCUGCACCGAGGCAUGUAUAGCAAUGGGCAGGUGACGCACAUGUUGAGCUACCGCUACCUGCUGUGGAACUACCUGGCGGACGAGUUCACCACGCGUGAGGUGCACAUGGAGGCCCAGGUGGGCGAGCGCAACGCUUUCCGUUGGGAGUCGCUAGAUGGCUGGCUGCAGGAGCGGCCGAAGGCGUUUAUUCCACGCGGGCCCGACAUCUGGCUGCGCUCACGCGAGGUGGCUGUUGUGUUGCUUCCCGAGGACGCGGCCCACCCUCCGUCGUACGAGGAGUUCUGCCGCUUCAUCAGCUACAGAUUCUCAGUGCAUCUGUCCACCCAUGGCAAGGUGGUGUGGAAGUCGCACGAGGGCGGUGUAUCGUUGGACAUCUCUGAGGCGACGCCUCUCACUUUCCCUGCAACACCGCCGUUGAUGGAGGUAGCGCUCGUGCACGACAACCCGCUCACCCUCGACACACGCAACAUCGUCGACCGCGUCACUGGUCGCACCAUCGGCUUCGAGGUCCCUGUGCAAAAGAGACUCAUGAGCGUCGACAUCAGCCUGCCGCAGGAGUACAGCAGCCACUGCUGCUACUACUUGAAAGUGUCUUGGCUGGCGUGCGCCGCCUCGGUCAUCACCGACUGGUUCGGCUCCUUCAUCGCAAACGCUGCCCGCUUCCGCUUUCACGCGGUCCCUCUGGGUUGUUACUACAUGAGCCCCAAGGCGGAGUCGCUGACUUCGCAUUACGACGUGGAGGCGGCGUCGCCGGAGGAAGAGCUGGCGCUGCGUUGUGCGCUGAUGAGGCUGCUCAUAACACCGACCUACCACUACUACCCGGACACGCCAGUGCUAACGCGCAACUGCCGCCUCGUGCACUUUAGCGGUCUGUGCUGCGUGAUUGUGCCACCGAGCGCGACAACGGUGGCGCAGUGGUAUCAGAACUCAUUCGUGCGGCAGGGCUCCGUGGAGCAACUGGUGCUGCUGGAGGAGUUCAAGGAGGCGGUGGCUACAGCGCGGCAGCGGGUCGCGGACAGAGCCGCUGGUUCGGCCUCUGCUGCUGUAGCCCACCCGUCAACUGAAGACGUGUGA